AUGGGUGGGGGACACGCACCGGCCCUAGCUCUGCGACUGGCCAGGCUCGGAUGCUCAAGGAUGCAGUUCGCUCACUGGCAAGCCGUGACAGCGCUUGACGUUGUGACUGAAGUGCUGCUCGUAGCGUACUCUGGGUGGGCCGUCAGCACUGUGCAGAUAGCUUCGAGGAAGAAGCUCAUGGUCUUCCUGGCUCUGGGCUGCCGCAUUGUACUGAUUCCCCUUUCCGCCCUCCGGCUAUACUACCUCAAGCACCAACUCUCCUCGCAGUACCCGACCCUCCUCGGCGCGUACACCACAACGACAACAGAGAUCUACCUUUCACUCAGUAUUGACGGGAUAUCGUAUACAGAUCGGUAUGCGCGGUCAGCGUACAAAUCCAAGUCGGGAACUGGGGUAUCAACGGACUCCGAGGGGAAUACGAACCGGAAUUUCUCAUACAGUUAUAAGCAUAGCCACGCCGGCGGCGACCGGGCGAGACUCGUCAGUGAUGCACAUAAUGAGGAGGGGCCCAGCAGCAGUGGGCUGCAGAUUCUCAGGUCUGUGCAGUGGAGUGUGGUGGAUGAAGCUAUUGAGCUUGACGAGACUACGAGGCCUCCCGCCGCGGCUCAGCCAGUCUAUCAGUCAUUGAGAUAUUAA